AUGUCUGCUAUUACAAGAUUAUCCAAAGAAGCUAAAUCUGCCAUUAUAUUCCUUCAUGGAUUAGGAGAUUCUGGCCAAGGAUGGUCAUGGUUCCCUGAAUUGUUAGAAAGUAGCAAACUUGUAGACACUUCCACCAUUAAUUUUGUUUUCCCCAAUGCACCAAUUGUUCCAGUAACUGCUAAUGGUGGGAUGAGAAUGCCUGCUUGGUUUGAUAUCUAUGAAUUUGGUAAUACUGAUGCUCCUAAAGAUAUUCAAGGGAUCUUGAAAACUUGUGAAUUGGUCAAAGAGUUGAUCAAAGUGCAACAUGAAGAAUAUCAUAUCCCCUUGGAUAAAAUCAUUCUUGGUGGAUUCUCACAAGGUGCUGCAGUUUCAUUAACUACUGCCAUUUCAUCAGAUUUGAAAUUAGGAGGAUUCAUUGCAUUAUCUGGGUUCUUUACCAUUCAAGCUAAGAUUGAUGAACUUUUCACUCCAACCAAUCUUUCUACCCCAAUUUUUCAAGGUCAUGGAGAUCAAGAUCCAAUCAUUAACCAUAAAGUUGGUCUUCAAGCUAAUGAAAUCUUGAAACAAAAAGGGUUCGCUAAUGCUGAAUUCAAAACUUAUCCAGGGUUAGCACACAGUGCAAGUGAUGAAGAAUUAGUGGAUGUUGCUAAAUUCAUUAAGAAGGUUUUACAAUAA